AUGUUCAAACAACAAUCGAAUGACAAGCCUGACGAGGCAGUCUCUUCGCGUUUUUUUCCGGAACAUUCCCUCUCUGUUGACGACUUGAAGGUGAUCUGCUCUCGUAAAGCUUCUCUAUCAACAUACCCUCUAGCGUCUUCGAUUCAAGAAAACAUCCCCAUAUAUGAGUUAACGGCUUUUUCUGACUCUGACCAAAAUACUGUCUCCAUGCUGAAAGAUGAGUGGUAUCAUAUUCUUCACUCCGGGCCAGGUGUCUUCGUAAUGAAAGCAAUGUAUCACACAAAAGAGUACGAGAAGGUACUAGAAUCAGCUAGCUCAUCUUUUGAAAAAAUUCUGGAACGAGAGAAAGGAAACUCGACGGAUAGUAAGGGGGAUCAUUUUGCCGCUGAAGGAUCGAACGAUCGCAUUUGGAAUUCGUUGAGUAAGCAUGCAUUUGAGGAUCCAAAUUCGUUUUUUGAAUAUUAUUCUAAUCCUUGGCUGGCACAUGUAUGUGAUGCAUGGCUUGGCCCAAGGUACCAGAUCACAGCCCAGGUGAACAACGUAAAGCCGGGCAGUCUACCACAGGAAUGUCAUCGGGACUACCAUCUUGGGAUUCAAGGCAGAAGCAAAUGUGUUCGUUAUCCGAGAGGAUUGCAAAUAGCUAGCCAGUAUCUGACCUUACAAGGCGCAGUCGCUCACAGCAACAUGGCUUUAGAGAGUGGGCCAACGAGAUUUUUACCUUUCAGCCAAACUUUUGAGCCAGGCUAUAUUGCCUAUCAGUUGGAGCAAUUCCGUGACUUUUUUCUCCAAAACUACGUGGUGUUGCCGCUGGAGCUGGGAGACGGAGUUUUUUUUAACCCAGCCCUUUUCCAUGGUGCUGGUGCAAACACCACUAAAGCCUUCCUUCGUAGUGCAAAUCUCCUUCAGAUCAGCAGCGCCUUUGGAAAGCCAAUGGAGACAAUUGAUUCACUUCCUAUUGUUAAGCUUUGCUGGAUACUGCUAAAAGAGAGAUAUACUCGAGACGGGCUGAGCAGUAGGGUCUCCGCGUUUAUAAACGCUGUUUUUAACGGAUAUCCAUAUCCAACUAAUCUCGAUAAAAGACUGCCAGCUCAAAACAGUAUGAUGCCUGAAAGCGAACAAGACAUUGCCAUACGAGGACUUCAAAACAGUUGGUCAACUGAAAAAGUCAUGGAGACUCUGAGGCAAAUGAAAAUCGAUUCAAAAGCCUGA